UACCUUGUAAGCGCAUCCUUGAUCUGUUCUGGACUGGGAACAGUAAUGCAAGUCAGUGCCAUUCCAAUCCCCUUUACCAAGUAUCAACUUGGAACAGGUAUUUUGAGUACCAUGGGAACUGCGAAUCAGUAUAACGCCAUCUUCCCGGUGAUCUUGUUCGACAUUGUGUCACGUGGUUUUACCCUUGAGGAAGCGUGGGGUAAACUACUUGGUACGAUCAUGGUUUGCGUCUGGCUAGAGGCGCUGAUUUCUCUCGCGCCCAACAAAAUUCUACAACGAAUCUGUCCUCCCUACGUGCUUGGCGUUACUGUCAUGUUAAUCGGAGAUCAACUCACUGGCGCAGGAAUCCGCUUUUGGGGAGGCGGCGUGGGCUGCUCCGGCAACCCGAGUGCCGAUAAUCCGUGUCUAGGGAACGGUGACGUGCAACUCGGAUACGUUUCCGGCCCCUAUAUUGGCCUAGGAUUCUCCGUUUUUCUCAUUUUCUUGAUUGUCGAGAUUUUCGGAAGUCCGUUUAUGCGGAACACCAUGGUGAUUUGGGGGCUCUUGGGUGGUUAUGCUAUCUCGGCAAUGGCAACUUACGAAGGGGAUCGUUUUGUCACCGCUGAUCGCAUCAAGAGCAGCAGUGCUUUUACAUUCUUAUGGGUGGAGACCUUUCCGAUUAGCAUCUACGGUCCUGCCAUUAUUCCUAUACUCUUUGCCUUUAUGGUGACUGCCAUGGAAACCAUGGGCGACGUCACGGCUACCGAGCAUGCAUCUCGUCUGCGCCCUUCGGGAGAGGCUCAUACUCGUCGUGUACAGGGCGGUUUGCUCGGCGAUGCGGUCGCGACAUUCUUUGCGGCCCUGGGAACGACUCCGCCCAACACAACAUUGUCACAAAACAACGGCAUUGUGGCCCUUACCCGAUGUGCUUCUACUUCUGCGGGCUACUCCUGCGGAUUUUGGUUGCUGUGCUUUGGCGUGCUUGCCAAGAUUGGAGGAUGGAUUUUGUCAAUCCCUGACUGCGUCCUGGGCGGAGCUCUCACUUUUCUGUUUGCCAUCAUAAUAGUGUCGGGCAUCAAGCUCAUUGGCUUUAGUCGCAUUGAUCGUCGGACGCACUACAUUGUGGCGACUUCGUUGGCGCUGGGAGUUGGCACUGCGCUGGUUCCAGCGUGG